AGAGCCUUGAAGUCAGACUUGUGCUAACAUUCCGGAUCUGGCUCUUAUCCCCUAGGUGACCUUCGGCAAUUUAUUCCAUCUCUCUAAGCCUCAGUUUUUGUUACCUAAAAAUUGGGGAUAAAGAUAUCUACCUAGGAGGGGUUUGGUGGAGAUUAAAGGAUAAUGUAUACAAACCCCAGAGCCCAAUGUCGGGCACACAGUAGCUAGUUAAAGAAAGAAAAAAAAAAAAGAAAUUAAAAAAAAAGAAAGAAAGAAAAAGAAAGAAGACAGGAAUCUGUUGAUCGCACGAGGACUGCCUAUUGUUAAUAGCUACAGCUCAGGAAAAGCAGUCCCUCCUCCCCAAAUCUCCGCAGGCAGCAAGCCAGGGCCUUAGAAACUUAAAGGGACUUUGGUUGGGCGGAACCUUGAUCCGGUUGGGACCUCCGGAGCUUCUGGACUUGGCAGAGGCUGUGACGACGGGUAUGGGUCGCUGUCCCUGGGAACAAGAAGAUCCCGGGGACCUCACCCUUCGGCAGGCCAAGCUGGGACGGGAGAGGAGACCCUGCUCUCCAGCCCGGGAGGUGUGGGGAGGGCGGAGGGGUGGAGAGGGGGAGGAGGGGGGUGGGUUGCUUCAGAGGCGGGAGUGAGGGAGGGAGAGAGGAGGGGCGACCGGGGCGGGGGGAAUUUCCCCAUUUCCCCGCCUCUCGGGCUUGCUCCCUGCACAAACCACCGCAGUAGCGGCAGCGGCCGAGCCGGGAAGUGCACGGAGCCGAAACCCGGCGUGGUGGCACCAGACACCUCCCUUUCCCCACCCCCCCGACUGCUUGCUGGCUUGCUUGCUUUCGUCUCUCUCUCUCUCUCUCCUCUUUUUUGCUUUUUUAAACCUCUCCCUCCGUUCUCGGGUGCCUGCCCCCAGCAUUUGAGCCCCGGCGGCCGCUCCUCCAGCCGUGCAGCCGCCCGCCCGCCUUGCCCUGGCCGCCUGCGCCUGCACGACUCCGGGAAGUGAAAGCUCGGCGACCGCGGGGCUCCGGCUGCCUGUCAGUCCCGCCGCCCCGCGAGCCGCGCGCCCCGAUCGCCUGCCGGGUGCGGGGUGCGGGGUGCCGGGUGCCGGGUGCCGGGUGCGGGGUAUCGGGUCCGCUCGGGCGGCCGCCUGCUCUCCCUCCCGCCGCCCGAGCCCCGCGAUGGUGGCCGCCUUCGCGCCGGCGUUGUAGCCGGGCGCCCCCUAAGUUUGGGAGCCGCUGCCUUUGCCGCCGCUGCCUUUGCCGCCGAGAAGCUCUUUGCAGAAGAAGGUAGAAAGUUUUGCAGAGCUGCGCCGGGCGGGCCCUGGGCGCACCUCGGUGCCCGGAUCCCCGUGCCUGGAGCCCGCCGGAGGGCAGCGAGGGAGAAAGGCAGCAUGGCCCGCGAGCCGGAGGGGAAGGACGCGGCGGGGGUGGCCCCCAUCGCCGGCCGCCGCUGCCGGGGCUCCCCCACCCGGGCCGGGGCCCUGACUGGGUGUCGGGGGCCGCCUCUUCUGCUGCUCUGCCUGGCCGUCUGCUGGCUCGUGGGCGCCGGGGCUCACGCAGACUUCUCCAUACUGGACGAGGCACAAGUGCUUGCGAGUCAGAUGCGGAGGCUGGCUGCCGAGGAGCUUGGGGUGGUCACCAUGCAGCGGAUAUUCAAUUCCUUUGUUUACACGGAGAAAAUCUCAAAUGGUGAGAGUGAAGUCCAGCAGCUAGCCAAAAAGAUCCGGGAGAAGUUUAACCGUUACUUGGAUGUGGUCAACCGGAACAAGCAAGUUGUGGAAGCUUCCUAUACAGCACACCUGACCUCUCCCCUCACGGCAAUUCAAGACUGCUGUACUAUCCCACCGUCUAUGAUGGAAUUUGAUGGGAACUUCAACACCAAUGUAUCUAGAACGAUUAGUUGUGAUCGUCUUUCUACAACUGUUAAUAGCCGAGCCUUCAACCCAGGACGAGACUUAAAUUCAGUUCUUGCAGACAACCUGAAAUCCAACCCUGGAAUUAAGUGGCAGUAUUUCAGUUCGGAAGAAGGAGUUUUCACUGUUUUCCCAGCACACAAAUUCCGAUGUAAAGGCAGCUAUGAGCAUCGCAGUAGACCUAUCUACGUCUCCACAGUCCGACCACAGUCAAAACACAUAGUAGUGAUCCUCGACCAUGGGGCUGCUGUCACUGACACCCAACUUCAGAUUGCCAAGGACGCCGCCCAGGUCAUCCUCAGUGCCAUCGACGAGCAUGACAAGAUCUCCAUGUUGACUGUAGCAGAUACUGUGAGGACCUGUUCCCUAGACCAAUGCUAUAAAACAUUCCUCUCUCCGGCCACCAGUGAGACAAAGAGGAAAAUGUCCACUUUCGUUAGCAGUGUCAAGUCUCUGGACAGCCCUACCCAGCAUGCACUGGGCUUUCAAAAGGCAUUUCAGCUGAUCCGAAGCACAAGCAACAACACAAAGUUCCAUGCAAAUACAGACAUGGUCAUAAUUUACCUCUCCGCUGGCAUCACAUCAAAGGACUCGUCCGAAGAAGAUAAAAAGGCAACACUUCGUGUCAUCAAUGAAGAAAAUAGCCUUCUAAACAACUCUGUAAUGAUUCUCACCUACGCCCUCAUGAAUGGUAGGUAGUGUUUCAGAGAUUUUU